AUGUUGAAAAGGCGGGCAAAGCUCAAGCGUCUAUCUCUAGACGAUCGGGAGCGGGUCUUGAAAUCUCGGGCACUUCCUGAUGAUUUUGAUAUGGCCCAGUCUCUACAAUCGUCCUAUGCGACGGAGCACCACGGUUAUACCACACCUCUAGUCUCCCCAGGCACCUUCUUCCCGCCAGAAGAAAAUGAUCCAUAUGGCUCAGCGCGGGCGGGAACGGCAGCAGCAGAUGAUUACACUACUUCCCCUUUGAGCUCUACGUCAGCCUAUGGUAGCUAUUUCGGUCGGGAUAGUUCUGCCUACAGUCGCGGCUCUGACUCAAUAUCUAGUAUGUCGACAUCCAGUGACAGCAUAGGCAGCUUUGGUUCUCUGCCUUCUGCAAAUCCCUCCAUUCAUGGCCGUAUGAACUUUGUACCCAGAAGCUUUGGAGAACAGCAGGGGGCGCAUGGCCCCUCUGUCCCACAGCUUCACAUGUACAAUACCUCACUCAGAGCGAGGGCAGGAUCACUGAAUCUGCCUAUGCGCGGUACUAUCCCUUGCCAUACUCCGCCUUUGGAGUACACAGACACAGACUCCUCCACAAACAUAAAUAAUGCAUAUGGCAGUCGAUCUCUGGAUGCGUCUACUCGGAGAGAUCCGUUUGGUCUAGGUUCUGUGGCAGAAGAGUUCAAGCAGAAGACGGUAGGACAGCCUGUGACCGCUACGCCAAGGAUAGGUGAAGGAUCGCCGCCGAAGGCAGACCAUAGUCGUGCAGCCGCCGUAGCCUUGCAGUCUGCGCCCCUUCAAUCCACACAGGAAGAGGAUCAGCUCUCGGGGCUCGGUCCGCAGUUCAACCUAAGUUCAUUUGGGAUUACCUACCCUCGACAAAGCCCAUCUACCAGCACGAACAAUCCAACAUCUCAUCCGUCGAGCAAAAGUUCCGAUAUGCAUGGUGCUUAUAACAAUCAUGGCACAGCAUGGCUGCAACAAACCAUACAGCAAAAACUAAGUUGCUACCCAGAACCGGAUUACUCCGCCCCAAGGCAGCGAGGCUACUUCUAUCAAUCUAAUACAGAAACGAUAUGA